AAACAAUUCGUAAAAUAUACCUUAUUUUCAGCGUUCUAAAGCAGGCUCCCCCCUUAAAGCUUUGCCAGACGCGGCGAAUAAUUUUUCACCUGCACGUGAUUUUCUUCAGGCAGAGAGUUAACGUUAAUCUAAAGUUACGCAAAUUUAUUUAAAUAUUAAACUGUCUAAUAAGAAAUAUUGCACGGUUUCGAAUUCUUCUAACCCGUGCAAGCCCGUGAAUAAGCAAUCUCCCGCUCUAUCGAAGCUUUACAGAGUAGCAGAGAAAAAUUGCACGAUUUCGUGUUCCGUAAGAUCGUCUCGGGGCAUCGCUACGAGUCGGCGACCAUCCAGCUGCACCCCACGCAUGGUUUCCCGGCCGCGAUGAACCGGAGCCGGGAUUCGCCUCCAGCUAGCAGCCGACGACAGUUUGUUGCCACGAGUCGGCGAGUUCGGUCGGCUCGGCCGCUGCAUCCUCGUUGCAGCGCGGUCUCCAGUUACUCCCUCGCAGAGCACGCGUGCGAAGAGAGGACCGCCCUGACCCCGCGUGUCCCCCUCGACCUUUGACACCCAGCCCGCGAGACGGACGAGAGCCUACCUCGGCGGGCGCCGAGCGGUCGACGAUCUCUCCUCCGAGAGCUCUCCUCUUGCGGAUUAUCGCCGUCGACGAUAUCCCGCGCGGGAUUCUUCAGCGUCCCUCGUGUCCCGCCUCCCCCGGAAGAUCAUCAUGCUACCGAGAUUGACGCUGUCGGCUGCGCUGCUGCUUUUAACAAUAGCAGUUGCACUCUCCGAAGGAUGCGAACUGGACCAGAUGCGAUACGGAUGCCGCAUCUACAACGCGCAGUGCAGCUGCGGCUACGGCUGCAAGUCGGAAUACAGAUACGACGACAGUGAUGAUUGCAAGCUGGCGCUCAGAGGAAGACGUAGCGACAUAUGCUAUCGCUCGAAGCCUUGCCGGAACAGAGGUUCCUGCUCCCAAAUAUCGACGGAGCCCGGAUUCAAGUGUCGCUGCGAGGGCACCGGAUUCUACGGCACUUACUGCGAGACACCCUGUCCACGACCGGACGAUUUACUCCUGCAAGGACAAUUCCCUUACGAAUGCGUCGUAAUCUAAACUGGAAUCUGCCUGCUUACUCCCUGAUCUGAAAUUCCAAUUUCAAGGCUCAUUUUAAAAUAUGUUACACACGAAAGGGGGACACGCGUUUCACGCAACAGUAUAUUUACACAUCUUUGUACAUACAUAAUAAAAACUGACGAGGUAUAUGCGCCGCCAGAUCAUUUCCCGCCUUCUGCAUAUUGUUCAGAAUCAGUUUAGGGCGAUGUCUUCGUCCCUAGCGUUUGCGAAGGUAUCUCGUAUUAAUUAAUUGAUAAAAGUCGCUACACUGUUAUAUAUCGCGGAGGGAAUACAACUUAUACUGUGCAAUUGUCGAUCGUCGAACCAGCUGCGCUGAUCGAUCGAACGAAAACCUCUGGUACUCUAAGGCCAGACAAAGCCCCAAUAUUCUGUUGUGCAAUUCUUGAAUAUAUCUUUAUUUUAUUUCCCAUCAUUUUCAACGUGAUCUCGCGAAAGAGACGAAAGCGACUACGAACGGUGACUCGGCAGUUUUAAUAGUGUAAUCCCUGUGAUCUUACAAAAGGCAGAUGUACUUCGAUGCUUUCACUGUUUAUUCAUCAAUAAUUUUACAAUAUGUAUGCACAUGAUGUGUUGGAUCCAUGAGUUUCGAAACAAGCGCUUAGUUUGUAUCGUGCUUGUGUUGUUUUUUUUUACGUACUUUACUCUUACUUCUUACGUUAUUUUUUUCCUCUCACAAUAUUCUCUACAAUAAUGCCACAUUUAUCUUCGCUUACCUCGAAUGGCAAAACUUACAAAACGUGACCUCUUACUCUUUACAUAGGUAUUGUUUUUUUUGUUUUUUUUUGUUUGUAACUUCCAUUGCUGCAUGUCCACAGAAUCCGUAAUACUAAUUUGAUUUUACAACACGAGACUGCAUCAGAGGAACUUA